CAUCGCUUAGUCAAAAAACAGAGAAGCAGAGCUACCGCUGAGCAUCUCGUCUACUUUCUGAUAGCUUUUUUUUAAAUUACAGACUUGUUAAGGGGUUCUCUUUGUGGUGUUACUCUUAAAAGUUUUAUUCUUGUUUUUUGUUGUUGUUGGCUGUUCACUGUAAAAAUGAGUAACCACGUUGACGUGAAAAACAUUGAACCUACCACCUUCGAGGACCGCUACUUUGAUGAAUACGAAUAUUACAACUUAACAGACCGUUACACCGAGGGCGCCAGUCGCAAAGGCAGAACUAAGAAGGACGCGAGCUUGAACACAAACAAACACAACCCCGGGGGUCACGAAAGAAAAAUCGUGGAAAAACUCCAGAAUGCUGAAAAGAAAGCCAAACAGUGAUCCGAAAGAUUUAAUGGACGGCUAUAACUGGCAACCGACCACAGGUCUCUGUGCAAGAAAUGGGCAGCAGGCGUCGGCAAUGACUGGUUCCUGAACCUCAUGCUCGGGGAUCGGAUGAAAUGAGUGGGCUGAGGUUGAGCAAAGCUAUGGGUCAGACGUACCACUCUCGUGAAUUGGGUGGGCCCUAAAUGCGCACCUGUUUAGAUGAACUAAUGUGCAUGGGAAGGUGAUGGUUAAUUGUAUUUUAAUGUUUACACCUUGGCAUGUGUUUUAAGGGUACAAUUGUCUUAAGUUUUUUUUAAUAAAAAGACUUUUCAUAAAUUUU